CAUGUUCAUAACAACAUGGCGGGCUUAGAACUUCUGUCUGAUCAGGGCUUUCGAAUUGAUGGGCGUAGACCCCAUGAACUACGGAAGAUCCAGUGUCGUCUAGGGGUUUUCAAGCAAGCGGACGGUUCAGCGUAUAUUGAGCAAGGAAACACGAAGGUUCUGGCAACAGUAUACGGACCGCAUGAGAUCAGAGGUAGCAGAGGAAGAGCCUUACAUGACAAGGUUCUGGUUAACUGUCAGUACAGCAUGGCGACAUUCAGCACAGGGGAGAGGAAAACACGCCCACGCGGUGACCGCAAGUCUCAAGAGAUGACCAUGCACCUCAGACAGACCUUUGAUGCAGCUAUUAUGACUAGCCUCUACCCUCGAUCACAGAUUGAUAUAUUUGUUGAGGUUCUUCAGUCUGAUGGGGGCAACUACUGUGCUAGUGUGAAUGCAUCCACACUUGCACUAAUCGACGCUGGUAUUCCAAUGAAGGACUAUGUAUGUGCAUGCUCAGCAGGUUUUGUUAACGACUCUCCACUAGUGGACAUCAGUUACCUGGAGGAGUCUUCAGGUGGGCCGGAACUGAUUGUGGCCACCUUGCCCCAGUCGGAACAGAUUGUGUUUCUGGAGAUGAACUCCCGGCUACACGAGGACAACCUGAACAAGGUCCUGGACCAGGCCAUGAAGGGUUGUAAAGACAUCUACCAGGUGCUCAACACUGCUGUCCGGGAGCACGUCAGUACCACCGUCACGUCACUCGGCUGGGAGACUUGACACUGUACUGUACACAUUUGUCACAUGUUUGUAAAUAAAUUAUAUCUGACUUAAA